UCGCGCGGCAGACCGUCUGUACGGCGUACGCGUGUUCGCAGUCACUAAAACGCUGCCGUCGUCGUUAUAAUUUAAUAUCGUUUGAAAAAUAAUUAUCAAUAAUUGAGUCGUAAAUAUGAUUUACGGUUAAUCAUAACAAGUCGUGUUCGAUACGAAAUUCAUCGUUAUUAUGACUUGACGCGGACGUAUAGAGUGUCGAUUCGUGUGUUUUGUGUAUAGUUUUGACGUGCGCGUGCCAUUGCAGCCGCGCCUCUACAUAACGCUUUACAUUAUCAUAAUAUUCAGGUAAACUGUAUAUAAUAUAUUACAUACAUCGUAAUAUGCCUUUGUUCAACCGGAAAACCGUGCAAAAAAUCAAGGACGACCCGGCAGCGGUGCAGCACAAGCACAACGAACACGACGAUCAAGUGAAACAAAACUUGGUGUUCCACUGCCAACAGGCCCAAGGAAGUCCGACGGGACUGGUGUCGAACUUCUCAAACGUCCGCGAACUGUACCAGAGGGUGGCCGACUGCUAUGACUUCCCUUCAGACGAAAUUCUGUUUUGCACUUUAAAUACUCACAAAAUGGACAUGACUAAACUUCUGGGCAGUCAAAUCGGUCUGGAUGAUUUUAUUUUCGUACAUCGUAAAGGACGGCCAAAAGAAAUCGAAAUCGCCAAGACAAACGAAGCACUUGGUCUGACAAUCACAGAUAAUGGGUCUGGAUAUUGUUUCAUAAAACGUAUUAAAGAAAAUAGCAUCAUUGAUAACAUUUCGUACAUAAGUGUAGGUGAUCAUAUUGAAAAAAUAGACAAUGAAACGAUGGUUGGCAGAAGACACUACGAAGUGGCCAAAAUGUUAAAAGAUAUUCCAAAAGGAUCUGUAUUCACGUUGCGGCUAAUAGAGCCAAUCAAAGCGGGAUUUUCGAAUAUCGAGCCGAGGGGUUCCAAACGAGGGAAGAAUGCUUCGUACGGAAAUGGGAAAGAGACGUUACGGUUCAAAGCCAACGGGGCGGCUGAAAUUCAAAAAGAGACUGACGAGUCACAAAAAGGUAUUGAUAAAAUCAAUCAACUGCUGGAAAACUUGUUGGGAAUUAGCGACUUCGAACUUGCUACACAGAUCUGGGAGAAAGGAGAAGAUAAGUUGAACAGCAUGGACUUUGCGGAGGCUGUCGACAACUCUGAUUUAGACGAAUUAGGAUUCACGGACGAUUUCAUCAUUGAACUCUGGGGUGUCAUAACAGAUGCUAGGGCAGGACGUUUGAAAAAUUAAAUACCUACACAAUAAUAUGUAUUUAACCGCCUUCUUAUGUGUUUAAUUUUAUUUUGUAUAUUUAUACUGAUUAUAAUAUAGUCGAAUAAAAAUGUAUUUAUAAAUGAUUUCAA